AUACAUCUAACAGUUUUAUCGCAAUAAUAUCUCGUUACAACUCGGAAAGUAUGAAAAGAUUCUGCAUUUUGAUUAGUCGAUUUUUAUCUAACGCUCAGUUCAGUAGCUUCAAUUCUAAUUAGCUCCGUCGUUAAGUUGACACAAUGAUAUUGUUUGAACAUUUUAAUUGCAAAAAUAUCAUUAUAUUAUUUUUACUGCCGCUGCUGACGAUAUGUCAAGGACAGAUUCACGCACCGUAUCAAAUUGGACUUUUUCUAUUUGACAAUUAUAAUCCAAAUUUUGGCGCGAAAAACUUCCCGAUUUGCUCCGCAGCAAUUAUUCAUCCAUUAUUUUCCGUGACUACAGCCGAUUGUGUCCAUGCCCACAUCACUAAGCACAAUAUCGCUCGACCAUUUCUGCCAACAUCGAUCUAUGUAAAGUCUGGAAAUUUUUCGGAAAUAAGAGACAAUAUCAAAUAUGUGCGCGCAAUUCAUAUCCACCCGGAAUUUAAUGGUACCACAUUGAAAAAUGAUAUUGCAUUGGUACAGGUUGAAGCUUCAUUCCAAUUUGAUCAUUUAUACACUGAACGGUGGGUUGAGUUGGCAAACCUAUUUACGAGCUAUGAAAAAUGUAUUUAUAGCAUAAAUACACCAAAUGUAGGGUCAACAGAUCUCUAUCCAUUCACCGAUUUCAAGCGAACAACCGCUGUAAACAAUAGCGUUUGUUAUGGGAAUGCUUCAGAAAUUGAUAGCACCAAUAUAUGUUCAUUUUAUGAAUUUGAUCAUCCGUUCAUGUGCCAAAUUCCCGCAGAUCAGUUGAGACUUAGUCGUGAUCGCGGAACACCACUCAUUUGCGAUAAUAAAUUAGCUGGCUUACUUUCCAUUAUCAUACCUGCUAAUACAACAAACUCAACAGAUAAUUGUGCAAGAACUUUAAAGACCAAUGCAGCUUAUGUUAAUGUAGCUUUGUACGAAAAAUGGAUACAUAGCAUUAUUGGUAUAAAUUCUCCAGAACACACUGCAGAUGGAAAACCCAUCAACUUGAUACCAGCCUCACCACCAUAUCAAAAUCAUCUGACUAUUUCAAAACCAAUACGACCAGGUACAAGUACUGCACCAAUGAUAAACGGUUCAUGUUCCAUCAUGGUGAUGCUAAUUGCUUUUGUCACAUGUUUACUAGUCCGUAAAUUUUCAGCGGUUUAGUUUGGUCGUUCACAAGAUGAACUAAAGAAAAUUAGCCACGAGAUUUUAUCUCAUUUAUUUGAACUGUAGAUAAGGGUGUUCAGGUUUGGGGAGUCAAAUAAGAAUAUAUGAUUUCUACGUAGAUUUCGGCCCAAAAAAUCGGAAUCAAACAAUAAAUCGUCCUUCAUUGCUAAUAAAUUUGGAAUUUCACCGAAAUAUAACCGUUUUUAUGUGUUAGUAUUAAUUGACUCUUUGUAGCUCAAAUUGUCUAAUGUUCUAAAAAUUGGCAAUGUGAACCGAUCCUUAUGACAUUUGACAUUCACUUCAGCAGUUUUCGAAAUGUCACAGACGCCGCAUCAUUCAUUCCGAGAAAACAUACAGCGUUGUGAACACCAAGUCAACAAAUUGAAACUCUUACAUUUUAUCUUACAAUUUAAACUGGAAAUUUACACUGCAAUUUAAUUUAUCUACGAUUUUGCUGGUAUUUCAUUUCGUAUUAUUUUCGAUUUACGUGCGUUUUGUAUCGAUUUGAUCCGGAGUUCACAUUGAAUUCAAGUCGCCAAAGUUAGGACAAUGGCGAAUCGUUUCAAGCCAUCAAUACCAGCGGAGGGAGAGACGAAAGAUGAAAUUACGACGAUCAAAUGUGCGCUAAAGACAAUCAUUCGCCCACAAUACCAGCAAGCAUUGAUGAGCAAAAUAACGGAUCUGAGUUAGCAAGCCACUUCCAUUUGUGUUUUGGGCUCAUUGCUGUUCUUGUUUGAGGUGCAAAAGGCAUUCGAAUAUAGGCGUCGAGAACAAUAAUUUCGCAUUGUUUGGUGGAAGUGGAGAAGAUAAGAUCAAACUCUGCUUUGAACAAGUGCUAUGGCACAACAAUCAGCCACCAAAACCGAAGUCAAGGUAUAAACCAAGCGGAACAAAGCCACGAGGACCACGAGCAGAGCUGCCACGUAUCGAUCCUGAAUUCAAAGCAAUUGUCGAAGGUCUUGACGACUAUCAUCGUAUCGAUUGGCCCAACAACAAAGAUUUCAGCAAUGGCCUUAAGCAUUUGACAAAUCAGUACACAGAUAACGUCGUCACCAAUUUAACAACGCAUGCUAACAAACACAUCACCCAGUACUUGGUACUGAAAGUGUUCGAAUUGAACUCAAACUUGGAAGAGGAUGGAGAGAAAUUUUUGCCAAGUGACAUCGCAAGUGUUGUGAAUCUGAUCAUCAAACAAAAAGACAUCAAAGUGCCAAUUCGCGAUCCAGACAAACUCGUACGGUGUGAGGUGUUGUAUGAUAUUGUGAGAGAUUGCAAUGUGUUCCCAGAAAUCGAUCUGCAUGACCUUACAACUGACCCAAAACAUUGGUAUAAGGCCAUGCCAAUGUACCUAUCCAUGCAACGUGAGAUAGAAGAAUACCAUGCGAUGUGGCCUCAUCAACACCGAUCGAAACGGAAGAAACGAAAGUGCAAAAAG